AUGUCUUCCGGAAAUCCAAUGAAUCAGCGGAACACAUUGUUGAAUAAAAUGACUGCUAAUCCAGAACAGACAAAAUGUGUAGAACAGCUGAAGGAAUGGAUUAAUCGGCAGCCGCAACUACCAAAAGAUUUAGGUGACAAUCUUAUCCUACGUUUUGCACAUAGCUGUUAUUAUGAUCUGGAGAAAACGAAAAAGACUGUGGAUACGUUCUUUACGGUCAGAGGUAUCUGUUCCGAUCUCGUAACUAACAGAGACCCCAUGUCUCCUCAUAUGCAAAAGAUUUUAAAGAUCAUACGACUCGGUCAAUUCCUAACCUCAAGUAACAGUAUGAUAUGGAUCUAUCAAAUAAAUGAUCCUGGGCUAGAUAAUUACGAUCAUAUUUCGGAUGCCAAGCUGUUCUUCCUCUCUACAGACGCCCAAUUUCUUGAAAGUGAGGUUUUACCGGAAGAAGACAUAGUUAUUAUGGACGUUAAAGAUGUAACGUUGAAAUUUUUAACAAAAAUGAAUCUUUCUGUUGCGCGAAGAUUGGCGAGAUAUCAGGAAGACGCCAUACCAAUACGUCUAAAGCAAGUACACGUAGUCAACGCUCCACCUUUUAUUGACAAAAUAUACGGCGUUAUGAAGCCGUUUAUUUCCAAACAUAUCACUGAUCUGGUACACUUUCAUUCACCUAAAUCGGAGACAUUAUUUCAAUAUAUAAGUAAAGAAGAUUUGCCUUCCGAUUUUGGUGGGUCGCGACCUUCAAUGUCAGAACUAACUGAGAUCAUCACGUCACAAAUUAUGAGGAAUCGUGAAAAAAUAAUAGAUGAAAAUUUUUGGAGAGUCGCUGAUAAAAAUAAAUCUGAGGCGUCCACAGAAGUUGGAACUUUCCGAUCUCUUGCUAUAGAU